AGCUUUUCCUUCCCUUCCAUAAUUACUUCAUUUCCAGCGCAACACUUUUUCUUGCUUCGUCUGUAUCCAGCUUUCCAUCAUCGUUUCCUUUUUUUCUUCUUCUUUUUUUUCUUGGUGUUUUAUGCUGUUCUGAAGCCAAUAUUCAAAGACGUCAUCUCUUACCGUAUCCCUGUUCCCCCAAGACCAACUGAUCGGCCGUCUCUGAUACGGGAAUUCCGCGACGCGAGAUAUCGGUCAAAACUUCAUCCUCGAUCCAAUUUUUUUUGGCCUUUCUCAUCGCUCACUCGAGACUCGUCAGAAGAGGAUCAUUCCUUUAGCCUCUACCGUUGUAUACUCACUUCUCCUCACCGCCAACACAUCAACCAUAGACUAAUCCGUCAUCAUGCUCGGCUGGUACCAAGCACGUCUGGCUGCGCGGCCUCUGCUCACACAGAGUAUCACCACAGCCGUUCUCUUCGCAACGGGCGACACCAUCGCCCAGCAGGCCGUGGAGAAACGCGGCGCGAAGAACCAUGACAUGGCCCGUACCGGCCGCAUGGCCCUCUACGGCGGAACCAUCUUCGGCCCCGCGGCCACGACCUGGUUCAAGUUCCUCGCCCGCAACGUGGUCAUGAAGAACAAGACGGCCGAGACGGCGGCCCGCGUGGCCUGCGACCAGCUCAUCUUCGCCCCGACCUUCAUCGGCGUCUUCCUCUCGUCCAUGGCCGUCCUGGAGGGCACCAGCCCGCGCGAGAAGCUCGACAAGAGCUACGCAUCGGCGCUCAAGACCAACUACUUCAUCUGGCCCGCCGUGCAGGGCAUCAAUUUCACCUUUGUCCCGCUUCAGCACCGCGUCCUCUUUGUCAAUGUUAUUAGCAUUGGCUGGAACUGUUACUUGAGCUACCUCAACAGUUCAUGAGGGAGUAGUUGCUCUCCCUCCCUCCCUCUCUCUUUGGUUCUUUGGGCGAGUAGCGUGCUACUGGGUCACUCUCAACUUUUCCUACGUUCACCGGUUACUGGUUCGGCAUUUGCAAUACAUAGAUCGGUCCAUAGUGGCUAGCACCGCACGGCACACUGGGGAGCAGGCAUGGCAUGGCAUGACAUAGCACGCAUGCAUGAUAGGUCUAGAUCUUGCGUUUCUUUUUUGUGUUACCAAUGGCAC